AUGACGAAGUGGCUGCUGCGCGCGUUUCAGCGACUGAAGGCGGCGUGGAUGUCGCUGCAAGUCGAACUGCAAGGCAGCUACUCCGUCGAGCGUCUCCAGCAGCUACACAGCUACUCCAGCAAAACAAGCAGUCGGCGGUUGGUUGUCGUCUUACUGGUCGCGCCGUUGCCUUGUAUCGUGUUGAGUUUGCUGAAAGACAUGCCACCACUGGAACCGGUUGACGCCGGUGUGAAGGCGAACUGGGUGUUCUUCGUGCGCUCUUGGGUGCGUUAUCCGUCGUUGUGGGUUGAUGCCAAGCAAGUGUUGGCAACACUUCACUGCCAAAUGUCGCUGCCUAUGGUCUACCCGCUGUAUAUCUAUGGAUUCGUGUCGCUCACGGGUACUGGCCAAGUGUUGUUCGUUGCUGUAUUGCCAAUGGUCAAGCUCAUCACCAGAAACUGGAUGAACAGAACACUACGUGGCCGUGAUGACAUUAAACCCGAAACGAUCAUCUUCACAAUCGAGAUUUUUAACGCGCUGUAUAUCUCAAGUGCUCUUCAAAGCAGCUCAUCUUGGACAUCGACCGUCACAGUCAUGGCAUUGGACGUCGUGAGUUUCUGGGCGUCGAUGGUUGACAUUGCAGAGGUUUUCGAGGGCAUGAAAAAAAUAAUGGACAAAAUCCCCCAAGACCACCCCCUCGCGCACGAAAACUUUAUCGGAGGGCUAUUUCAAAGCACCCAAGUCAAGCCGAUGAGUGCAUUUCCGCAAAUUGCUGCUCAGCCAAACUCAUGUAACCCAACAAAUCCAAUCAAUCUCGAUGAUAUUUGCGAUAUUGAAAAGCUCUUUUCCCGUGCAGAGCGAGACUUUUUCAUUCGCAAGGCCAGACACGUCCUAUUCAUCACGGAGUACGUCGUGCUGAUGGAGUACGCCGAAGUCGUGGUGCCAAUUCUCUAUCGUUUGUACCGCGUGGUCCUCUUUCAUUUACCCAACAGCGUUUACUACCCAACGUUGACAGAACUGUCGAUUUCCGAGCUGUCGAGUUCCACGCUUACGGUGCUAGCCUAUAGCUCGCUCGAAUUCGUAUCAUUUGUGUUUUCGAUCAUUGUGAUGAAGCGCGCGUUGGGUUUCAAUCCCCUGGAGCAACUUGGGUUUGUGCUCGAAACACAAGCGAACAGCGUCCAGACGAAGCCCAUCGGCAUAUUUAUCUACGUGACGCAGAUGCCGCUAGUGCACCUCGGUGCCGAUUUCAGCUUCAAGUUUGUCUGGAUGCAAGACAACUCGACACACUGA